UUCCUGUCUGGUCCACCUUCAAUUCCUAAAGUCCUAAAGUUUGAAAUUUUCCUUCGUACGAAUCCCGUCAACUUUCUCCGAUAUGGGAGAAUCUUCAAGAUCAAGGCGGAUUCUACGCAAAAUUCAAGGCCGCUUUUCGCGCCGGUCCAAAUACGAGCCUAAUGACAUUUCACACCGCAACGGCCAAACCGACGGCCAAGUCACAAAUGCGACGAUAGAAGAGCUUCCAGGGGAGCGCGAACGUUCUCCCAAGAACUGGAUAGCGAUUUUCGGGGAUAGUACAUCAAGUGAACAGCUUGGAGAGAAUGGGUCUUCGCGAACAGAUCCAACACAUGUCACUGAAGACGGGACGUUGACGGGAGACGACUCUUCCCAGCUACUGGACGGCCCAAGGGCGGGAGACGAAGUCAAUUCGUCCACCCAGGAACGCACCGGCAUAUGGUCUAGGGACGGGAGGCCCCUAGAUAUCAGUCCAGCCCAUAUACCGCCUAAUCUCCCGGUGGAACAAGACAAUCCCAGAUCCGCGCAAGAAGUCCCGGCACGGGACUCGACAGAUAGCAGUUCAGCGCAUCUUCUGGACUUGCCAGCCACGAAACAAGAUGUUCCUGAGGAUCAGCGGCGGCUUUCUACCAACGAAGGCGCAGGGUCAAACCCUUACAGUCCAGUGCUAGGACCCAAACCCCUAAUACCCCUUCUCGACUCAGAUAUUAGGUUAGCAAAUCCCGCAACGACCUGUGCAAGCUCCAUGGACAUCCAGGGACUUCCGCUGGACAAUCAAGCCGAUUCCAAUGCAGAACUAUGUGACGAAUCUGAGGAGCAAGAAUAUGAAAAUCCCCAGGUUAUUGCCCGACGCGAUCUUAAAAAUCGAAUCGAUGAAGCGUUAAACCCCCGGGGAUUUCUUACCUACCCGUUGCUUUUGAAGAUGAUUGCUGCUGAAGACAUCGACAAAUGUCUACCGAAGGCCUCAGCACCGCUUCUUGAUUUUGUCAAAGAGUAUGCCAUAACGCUCUUCGCUGUCGCCUUGUUCGCACUUGGACCUAAGGAGGAUCUCAAAAGCGCGAUGCAGUCUUUCCAAACCCACGGGCUCCGAGAUACCUCUCUCCCAAUUGAUAAGAUUUCUACUCGCACCUGCGGAGUAGUACCAAGAGUCUCAUGCUGUCGGGAUUGCUGGCCGGACCCAGCCAGAGAGAGUUUGUGCAAACAUAAACCAGAACUUGCAGCAUUCCAUCACCAGCCGUGGGACACACACUAUCGCGGAGAGUUCUUCGAGAAGCAAUGGAAGUUCGUUCUUCCAUUAUUUACUGGAGAUCCAUUUGAGCUGAUCCUGGACGAGCAUUACAAGCUGCCGAUUGUUGACCAAAGUGAAAGGCCAGUCGGGAGUGGACAUUUCAGCAGCGUAUACCAUGCAAAGCUGCUUGUUAGCCAACAAACGGUUCUGCUUGAAGGGAAUUUCACAGAAGAGCAUGGUUUGGACCUCUGUGAUGUGGCCGUAAAAUUGAUCAAACCGCUCCCCGACAAGGCUUUUGAUGUCAGAAAAGAAUGGCGGCGUGAAUCUGAAGCAAUAGUGAAAUUCAAUGGUCACAACCACGAGCACAUUGUUCGAGGAAUUUCCGCAUACUAUCACCAAAAUAACUAUGCUGUCCUCCUUGAAUGGGCAGAUGGUGGUAAUUUGCGGGAGUUUUGGGGGAAGCAUCCCCGUCCAGAACUAAACGGGCAAAGGAUGCUCCAGGUUCUUGGCCAAUUACGCGGACUGGUUGAUGCGAUCUACCAUAUUCACUGUCUAUCAAGGAGCGACGGCUUAACUAGGACAAAUUCUGUAUCCUCGGUCUCGAUGGAGAAUUUAGGGCCAGAAGUCCGUUUGACGGAGUCAGAAGCUGUGGGAGACUCCAAUGGAUCUGGCGAUCUUUUAAGCAACGAGAACUGGCGACUUGGAGAUAUCAAACCUGACAAUAUCCUCGUCUUCACAAACAAGACAUGGCUCGGAGUCCUGAAACUUGCGGACUUUGGGCGAGCGAAAAAGCACAAAGAAGCCACGGCUCUUCGUCGAGUUGGCACAGAUGAGAAAUACGGGACGACGCAAUACGAACCCCCAGAAGCAGUCACCGGCUCAAGGGAUCGGAUCAAACGACCCCCAACAAGGUCCCGUUCCUAUGAUAUGUGGUCAAUCGGAUGUGUUAUAUUCGAGAUCAUUCUCUGGCUUCUAUAUGGACCUGAGGAGAGAAAGGCAUUUGCACACCAGUCCCGCGAGUCUGAUACAUCGGGCCAUGGCUCUGCUCGGUCGCCAUAUUGGACCCUUGAUAUGGAGACGCCGUUAAAAGCGAAAGUGAGUGAUUUCGUCACCCGUUAUAUCAAUCACAUACGAGACCAUCAUCCUGCGUGUAAGGGAACUGCAUUGGGGGAACUUCUCGCUCUGGUCCAGGACAAACUCCUGGUUGUCGACCUGCCUGAAAGAGACUAUGAUGACGCUCCGGAAACGCCUGGUCGCCGAACGACUGCCAAGAAUUUACUCCAGUCUUUGGACAACAUCAUCAGAAAAGCAAUGGCUGACGAAGGCUACCUCUUUACUGGUGCAAGCGGAAAUGAACAGAAGCCUUCCAGCUUCGACGCAGAUGAAUCUAAGCAUGAGGGAUCAACGGUUCGUCCGCAAUCAACGCGGAUGGGCAACUUCGGGCAGCAUUUGGACGUGCCUUCUCCGGAAACUCCGAGGGUAGACAGCUAUAAUCAUCAUAUCAAGAACAUUUGGGAAUAUAUCUCAGAUGAUGAUUUCGGCAGAAGUGUCCUUGGCACCGACACUCUCCAACCAACACUGCGAAGUCUCCUGCCGGAGGACCACUCACCGCUUUGUACGCGAUGUCGGAAAGUGGAUUUCAGCUCUCGAGAUUUUAGAAUCAAAGAUUUGAUGAUCGCACUUCAAACAAGAUCAAGGGAAGACGGCUGCCUUGUCUGCGCGACCCUUCUGCGCGUGUGCGAAACAUCUGGGAUUGGCGAGAAUAAGUCGGUGGACUUUGACAGAGUUCGGUCCGGACUGACCCUUGACGGCUUGGGUAGCCUGCCGAGAGUAUCAAUCUUUGGUGCAGAUGCAGAAUUCCAAGAGUGGGACACGAUCUCGUCAUAUGUCCGUCCUGGAAUACCCAUAUUCCAAAACCCGGGAGAAGACGGGCAUAUGAAGUUGCUCCGAACUUGGCUCAAAGAUUGCGACAAAAAUCACCGCGGUUGCGAUCAAAAGCAGAGAAAAGAACUGCCGACAAGGCUGCUAGAUGUCGGUUGGCCAGAUGAGGACGUAGUACGCCUAGUCGAGAAGAAUAAAAUCCUGAAAAGAGGACACAAAUUCCCCAAGUUUUUGGCGUUCUCCCAUCCGUGGGGUGAUCGCAAUGUUCAUCAGCAUUAUUGCACUAUACCGGACAAUGACACGAGUACGACUAAGGGGAUUUUUCUAAGCGAUAUCAAGAAUCAUGGCGUCUCUGACAAAAAUCUACCCCAGACGUUCCGAGAUGCCGUGCAGAUCACUCGGAAACUCGACGUUCGUUAUAUUUGGAUCGACUCACUCUGCAUCAUUCAAGGCCCUAACGGCGACUUCAAGCCGGAGUCAGCGCGAAUGGAGAGUGUUUUCAGCUCCGCAUACUGCACCAUUGCAGCUAGCAGCGCCGUGGGUACCAAUUCGAAUGUCCUCAAGUGCAGGUCGUCCCAGGCAAUCGUCAAGAUUGAGAAAGAUGACCGACCUCUCUAUCUCUGCGAAUCGAUGGAUAACUUCCAAGAAGAUGUCCUCGAAGGCCCGUUGAACAAGCGUGGCUGGGUCCUUCAAGAACGAGCUCUCUCCCGCCGGACGAUAUAUUUCACCGACAAGCAAACGUAUUGGGAAUGCGGGGAGGGGAUUCGAUGCGAAACAUUGACGAAAUUGCACAAUUCCCAAGCGGCAUUCCUAGGUGAUCCUAAUUACCCAGAAUACGCGAAGAAAGCCGCAAAAGGGGCCCGAAUAUUCCUUUUCGAGGGUCUCUACGCCCAAUACUCCAAACUUGCUUUCUCCGUCCCGCAGGACCGGUCUAACGCAAUCAAGGGCCUAGAGCAGCGGCUAGGAACCGAUUUCGGCGGCCGCGCGCAGCAUGGGAUCUUCGAGAAAUACUUCCACCGAAGUCUACUCUGGCGACGAGCUGAAGAUCAAACAAUGACCAAAAUUGAAAUAGAUCCAUCUCUCAAUCGAGGUCGGCCGUCGCCUUCGUGGUCAUGGAUGGCGUACAUGGGAGAGAUUGAGUAUAUGCUGAUCCCGGGGCGAGAAGCGGACUGGAAUCGUAAGCUUUUUUGGCCAACGGAAGAGGCUGUGGGGAAAGUGACGCUCCAAGGGGAUGCAACGAAGUAUGCAAUUCCUCAAGGUGCAGCCGAUGACGAAGCUAAAAUCGUCUUCGAUUUGGAGCAACACCCUGCACAUGAGAAAUUGAGAUGCGUGGUCGUUGGGAUCAGCAAAGCCAGUUUGAAUCCCGGCAAGCAUCGUCACUAUGUCCUCGUUGUUUACCAGAAACCUGAUUCAACGGACAUUUAUGAACGAGUUGGAGCUGGAUAUCUGCACAAGGACUACAUUUUCAAGGAAACGGCCAUGAAUAUCACGAUUGAAUAGUCUGUCCGAGAUUCGUUUCAUUUGGAGUCGCAUGUCGCCUGGGGAAUAGAGUAUUGCAGGUUAUCAUUUAGGUCGGGAAUGUAGUAGCCUAUAGGUUGCCACUCAGGUUAAUUAGGUACCCGGUGUAUCAUCCAGUAAU